AUGCCUCAUUGUUCCUUGCAAACGGAUGAUAUGCUUUGGUACGUGCAAAUAUCUUCCUUCUAUUCGAGCACCCUCCUCUCAGCACAGAUGAAAGUUCUGGAGGUAUACAGGCGACAGAGCAAAAGUCAACCAUCUCCCGGAUCACGUGCUAUCAACUGGGAGGAAACACUGUACCUUAAUGUUUUGCUUCAUAACAUUGUAUAUACACUGACGUGUGCCGUGUGUACGAAGACCUCGCCGCAGAACCUGCAAAUCUUGAGAAAGAAUUCACGGAACGUCUUUGCAUCGCCAAGCCGUCGAAGGAUGGACGUCAAAGGCGAUGCUGAGGAAAUUUCUUAUCCGAACAUAUAUUUUAUCAUCGAUAAUUUCGAAGACCUUUUCAACGACAUUAUCGUUCGGGAUGGCGAAUGCGUCUGCGUGGAACUGUUGGCCAAAGAUGUAUCUGAAAGACUUUGUUCUACGGUGUUCCUGGGUUCAGUGCGCUAUGAAGUACUGAAGCAGAUUUACGAUGCGAAGGUGUGCUCUACGUGGCGCUGGGCUCAGAGCCUGGUGUCUCCAAAGUCGCACAAACGUUUGGAGUUCGUGAUCAUGCGGGGACCGCAUGGAAAGGGAUUUGCUGAAAUGGCUGUUUCCAAAGUACCAGGCAUCGGUUACGACUCGCCGACGUGUAAUCAAGCCCCGUACGAGGACUACGAUGUAGUGGAGGCGGUGGAACAGUUCCACCGCCGACGAAGCGACAACAACUUGGUCGCAAAGGGCAUGGGCGUCAGUUUUUGCAACGGGGUCACGUUGUUCGGUCACUCGGUCCACAAGUCGUUCAGCGAAACAGAUACUUGUGAUCGCAGGCCGGAAAUCAAAGCCAACUCAAUCGACGACGAAAUUGAAGAAUCGACGUUCAACUACAUGUGGUCCAUGCAGGGUUUCAGCCAAGCAUGGCACAGGCUGAGAGAGAAACGUCGCGAAUGUUCCGUGCCCUUGAACGCCUUUCUUACCUACGUUACUCUUCCAUGGCAUUCCAUCAUAGAAGACUUGUUGGAUCACCCCCAUCAACCGAUACUAUCGUUCGAUGAAGAAUCCACUUUAAUUACGCCUGACUAA